UGUUCUGGUUGCGAAGCGAGGCUUUUGUGUAUAUUUUUCACGGUCACCCGAAUUGAGACCAAAACUCAAACCGUAGGGGGUUGUUUCAUGUAUCUAAAACAUAAAUUCUCUAUAAAGUAACGAAAUCAAGAUAUUAUGGCUCCUAGUGCAGUCUUGAAGCAAAUGGACUUAUAAUUUGGCAAACAUUUUAUGAAAGUUGAGCAGUUCGCAAAGCGGUUCGCGUCUCUUUUCAAACACGCUGAUGUCAAGAAUGUGUGGAGUGGAUAUAGGUGAACUGCCAGAGAAUGGGAGUUGGUGUCAAACAUCUUUCUAAUCAGGUCGCAAAGCCUGACGUGUCGCGAGCAGCUAGUAGCUGUGACAGUGAUGUUGACAGACAGGAACUGAUCAGUAACUAUGCCAGCGAGAAUUAUCUAAGCCGAUGGAGCUUAGAAUCUGAGGAGGCUCAGAGCCCCACUUUUGAAGUCACUAUCACUCCAAAGCCCCCUGCAGAAAGCCCUACUGAGACAGAGCAACUAGAAAUUCAAAACGACGUCAAGCGUCUGUCAGUUGACAACACCUCGCUAGAGUCAUACCACAGCGUACAACAUGACACCCCAACAGAACCUGAAGCACCCACCACGCCCAAACAAGAAAUCCCUGUUAGUUACUUGCCGUACCAGCUGUCACACGCACCCUUUCAGAGCAUCAGUGUAUGGCAGGGUUACAGCGGCAAUAUCUACUUCGACCCCGUCAGAUGUCAAGCAAUGAGGAUCAACAGCGCAAACCAGAAGCAGUCCAACCGGCGCAACCACAGCUGUCAUCGCAAGACAAAAUCCUGCAGCCCCACCUUCAAGCCCUACAGCGCCGCCCCAGAGCGCUAUUACGGCCCCUGCCAUAUGCUGGGCAGUCUGCGCUUUGCGGCAACUUCGCACAAAAACAGCAAGAAUAACAAGAAAGGGCCGUCUAAGUCUGGCAAGAUACUGAAGGGAUUCAGCCAAGAGAAUCUAAAACAAACGAAAUUCGGCGAGUACGUGCACGUCCGCUCUGAGUCUGCGCCAGAAUCGCUAAGCAUAGCAGGGGGUCAUGUGGGUGAUGGUUACGUUGACCCGAUUGAUAGGGUCCGGAGACAUAACGUGAGAGCAAGGAUGUCUUCCAAGAGCACUGCGUAUUCCGAAGUCAGCGGGAAGGGAUUCCCUGCUCUGGUUGCGAAGAAGUGGGCGGCUAGCCAGAGGAAGGAGAGGUUCGAUGUAGGACGGAUGCUGAGGUUCCCAGACUUAGAAGACUCAGCGGAGAGUGUUUGCACGAGUGAGUCCGAGAGUACGCAAAUCAGGGCGGACCCAAAGCCAGUCUUCAUUAUCCCUUUCGCUACGUUUGAUGAUCCAGUUGAGACGAACCUUAAAGGUAAAGCAAAACCAUCCAGAAAGUCGCCGCAACGAAGGGACAAUGAUGAUAGCGAUGUUGUUACCGAGGUUUCAAAAAUCUCGCGAGAGAAAAGCGAGAUUGAUAUCGUUAAACAGAGUAAUGAUGUAUUGUACUCGGAAGAACACUUAAAAAGUGAAGAUCCGCUUCCUAAAGAAACACAUCCAGAAAAUGGACCUGACCCCGCUAGUAAACGGAGCUGGGCGGAUCUUAGCAUCCGAAGGCAGAUCAGUAAUGCAUCACUUACAAAUUACCUCCGCACCGUCUCAAACCAGCCACCGGGAACAGCCACGUCCAGAGCAGUCCCCAAGCUCUCUUACACUCAGCGCUCGAGUGUUAUCAGCGAAAGGUACUUCUUCCACGACUACUCACUGCGCACCCCUAGGGUCUCCGCCCUAUAUGGCGGCUACAUCCCCCCCACUAGGCAACCACACGCAAAACCCUUCCGCGCGGAGAUCACCACGGAGGAAACCAGUGACGACGCUGACUCGGUAACCGUCAGGGACUCUAUGAGUGAGCUUACCGAAUCCAGAGGGGAGGGGAUGGUAGGGAGAAGACAUAGCCCGAGGAGGGGUGGGGUAAGGACUAGUUUUGCCUCUCGGAAGGAGCCGCUUUCCAAAGCGUCCGUGGAUGGGCGCAGUAAGCGACCAAACGAACAGGACAACUGUAGAUUACCUGUUAUUGGUAGACAUGUCUUGAAAUCAGAUAAUACGUAACUAGACGGGUGUGCACAUCGUGAGUUAAGCAAGUCAGACAACAGCUCUAUAAAGCAGAUACAGAGAUAUUUCUUGUAACUGUAUUUACCGUAAUAACUACUCAGGAUAGCGAUCAUGAUAGUGACUUUAGGGAAAGAUUACAAACUGCUAGAACAAACUUAGGCAGCUAAUUUGUUAAUUUGAAUAAGGACCUUUCGAUAUGAAAAUUGCGUGCCUAGUUUACGUCGUCAUUCCCGCUAGACUUCGUAAAGUGCAGAACUCCAUAACAA